ACGUUUCACAAGAGAAAAGGUUACGUGGUUAAAAAUUCAAUCACGAUGCAAGGUUAAGUUGAAACGAUAUAUUUACAAGUAGCUCGAAAAACAUCAGGCUUAAGUUUUUAUUUUUACGGUCAUUUUUAUGUCAGCAACAAUGAUCGAAGGAGUCUCGUCAGAGGGGUAAUGUCUAUUAACAAAAUAAAUCAUAGCGACAGAUAAGUAAUUGCAUUUGCAUCCAAGACGUGGGAGGAUGGAUGUUACCAAUGUUUUGUUGAUGCUCUUUCUGUGCAAUGUUGGCCUCUCUGAAAGUCUUCAAAUGCCAAAAUUUGAAGCAAAAAUAGAUGGUUGGGAAAGAGAAUGUGAAGCUCCGCAUUGCCGCUACACCGGAAAGAUUAUUGGAAGUGUGACAUCGGAAGGAUUUUUUCCAGAACCGGAGAUAUGUGUGUUUAUAAUCGUAGAAACCUAUUAUGAAGAAGAGCAGCGUUUUCAUUUUAUGUGUUCAGUCGCUCCAUUGUUCCCCUGCACGCCAUGUUAUAUAAGCAAUACAGCUUGCAACUGCACCGGUGAAAAUCCUAUGGGUUUUUCCUUUUACCCCUUUCGAGGCGCCGUAUACAGGGUAGCAGUGGAAGGACAACUAACCACAGUAGGAGAAUGGCCGAUGAUUUUACCUCGUCCUCCAAUUAACCUCUCCUAUUGGGCAAUCAGUAAUGUGUUCGAUACCUCAA